AUGGACUACCUUGCACUUCUACUAAUUUCCCUAGCAUGUGUAACCAUUCAUGUCCUGGUCUCCAAGCUAUGGAUGAAAACACCCACAUCCUCCAAAUAUCCCCCAGGGCCUCGCCCUUUACCAAUCAUAGGAAAUAUCUUACAACUUGGCAACCAACCUCAUCAAGCACUUACCAAGCUUUCUCAAAUUUAUGGACCCAUAAUGAGUCUUAAGCUUGGUAACACAAACACCAUAGUUAUUUCCUCUCCACAAAUUGCCAAAGAAGUGUUGCAAAAGAAUGAUCAAAUCUUCUCUAAUAGGAAAAUCCCAGACACUCUUCGAGCACUUGAUCACCACAUGUUUUCAGUGGCGUGGUUGCCACCUUUAACACAAUGGAGAACCCUUAGGAGAGUUUGUGCUACCAAAGUUUUCUCUUCUCAACAACUUGAUUCUACCCAAGUUCUUCGUCAAAGGAAGGUACAAGAGUUGAUGGAUUAUGUUGAGGAAAAAUGUAAGAAAGGAGAAGCUUUGGAUAUUGGUGAAGCUUCCUUUACAACUGUUCUUAAUUCAAUUUCAAACACUUUUUUCUCUAUGGAUUUGGCUCAUUACACUUCUGAUGAGUCUCAAGAAUUUAGGAACAUCAUUUGGGGUAUCAUGGAAGAAGCUGGGAAGCCUAAUGUUGUGGACUUCUUCCCAAUCUUUCGCACGCUUGAUCCACAAGGUGCACGUACCAGAAUGAGUAGUUAUUUUGGAAAAUUAAUUGCGUUUUUUGAUGGUCUUAUAGAUGAAAGAUUGCGUUUAAGAGCUUUGGAAAAUGAAUCCAAGCCAUGCAAUGACGUGUUAGAUUCUGUGCUAGAACUCAUGCUUGAAGAUGAUUCGCAAGUCACUCGUCCCCAUGUUUUGCAUUUAUUUCUGGAUUUAUUUGUUGCCGGAAUAGACACAACAUCAACCUCAAUAGACUGGGUUAUGACCGAGUUGCUACGUAACCCAGAAAAAUUAGAAAAAGUUAGAAAAGAACUUGAGCAGGUCUUUGUCAAAGGUAAACAACUUGAUGAAUCACUUAUCUCAAAGCUUCCUUUCCUACAAGCAGCAGUGAAAGAAUCAUUUCGUUUGCAUCCACCAGUCCCACUCUUAUUGCCACACAAAUCAGGAGUUGAUGCUGAACUAUGUGGCUUCAUGGUGCCUGAAAGUGCUCAAAUUCUGGUUAAUGUAUGGGGCAUGGGGAGAGAUUCAAGUAUUUGGAUAAACCCAGAUCAAUUUAUGCCUGAAAGAUUCUUAGAAAGUGGGAUUGAUUUUAAAGGUAGAGAUUUUGAGUUGAUACCCUUUGGAGCUGGAAGAAGGAUCUGUCCUGGGUUGCCAUUGGCUUCAAGGACUGUGCACAUUGUGUUGGCCUCUCUUUUAUUUACCUAUGAUUGGAAGCCCAUAGAUGAGGACAUGGAUAUUUCUGAGAAAUGUGGGCUUUCCUUACAUAAAGCCCUUCCUCUUCAAGUCAUUCCUAUCAGAGCAUAA